AUGUCAGACGCCGCGUCUGGGGAGCAGAGGACUUCUUUCCACUGCUGCGCAGGUGAGUGGACCCUCGAAGGUUCUGCAACGAGAUGUUUUGGGGAGGAGGAUUAUGGCUGUGGACACCGGCGGGUCCAGUCCCCACAGGCUGUGAAGCCCGAUGGCAGCAUUUGUUGGGCCCUGCUUGCCCCUGAGGCCAACAUCCUGAGGACGUGGCACCCAGCUGUAGCCCAGCGUGGGCUCGAACCGGCGCCAGGGAGAGAAGCAGGCCUCCCGAGAUGGCCUGCAGGGUCCUGCUCGUGGUCCAGGAGCCCAGCCCACACCCGCGAGGACGCUGGUGGCCCUGCAUUGGUGAAUCACUCCGCCUGCGCCUGCUAUAAAAGUUCAGCCUCGCGCCAACCUCGCUUACACUCUUUUCAACUACAACCCGGGGAGCUGACAAGCGCCGUGGAACCUGUGACCCAGCGCCUGGAGCGCCGAGGGUCUGCUCGGGGCUCGGCUCACGGGGGCAGCAGCUCCACGGCAGCCUCACAGGCCACCUCCACGACGGUGCUCGCCCCCCCCACCCCCACCGCCGUCGCUUCCAUCCACCGCCCCCCUUCGCCACCCAGCUCAGUCCCUCUGGCAAACGCCGUACGUGCUAAAUGGGAAUGCCCAGUGUAUGGGUUACUCCACUGUCCGAACAAAAAUGCUGGAUUCAUGAUGAAAAUAAAGUGCCUGGGUAUGGAUUGUUCCCAUUCUGCAAAACCCUUCUAACGCACCAGCCAAUCAUCCGAGCGCUGCUGGGUGCCACGGUGUCAACAGUGCGGCCACAGAAGAGCCCUCCUCAUCCGCCCACCACGUGAUCAAGGCCCCGAGUUUAGGUCAGACUUAAAGUACUUUAAAAAAGCAAACAAAUAAUCUCACACUCGUUUUCAAAGAUGCACUUCUGAUCUUGUUUCACCCCCUACCGAUGACGGCCUUUCUGGGCCCUUGUGGGCAGACACCCUGAUCCCUCAAAUCCAGGAAGAGAGGACGAGGACAGGCAGCCAGGGUUACAGUGACCGAUGACGGCAAAUGCAUCAUCCUGUUUAUAGCUCUGAUUGACUCUUUGCCUGUUGGGUCUGGACGCACCUUCUGGCGGCUGUCAGACACACCCGGGCUUCUGCUCCGAGGCUGUCUCGCUCUCCCGCUUGCUCGCUCGGCAGCUGUGGACUUCGCUAAGCAGGCUCCUACACAGUCUCUGGGACCAGGACCAGGACCCCGUCCGCAGAAACACCCGUGAAGCAGCAGCACAGGGAAGAGCGACAGAGCCCGCGUGCUCGCCCUUGCAGUUGUUCUGCCUGCAGAACCCGGGGACCCUGGUGAGGGGCCGCCACCGUGGCCACCCACCCCAAGGGCCAAAGGCAGGGCACAGGCCGACUCUCUGGCGGGUCCCAGAGGUCUGUAACUUGUGUAGGCACUUAAAAAACAGAAAGAGAAGUUCAUCCUCGGAAGGUACUGCAUACCCAGCGUGACCACGGCCUUGGGAGGGAGGGGAGCCCACGGGGGAUCAGAGAAGGCUGUGGGCUCUUCCGGGGGAGGCGGCUGUGAUGCUCCCGGCGUCUUCUGGCGGGCACAGCGGCCCCCCUGCGGCCUGGGUGAACCGGCAGAGGCCUCUG